AGAAUCUUUCAAUUCCUAAAAAUAAGAAUAAGCUAGAAAAAGAAGAUGCUAGCAUUAUCCCCUCCUUUGUUUUCUACUACAACCUAUGGAUGGCCAUUGGAAGAUCUGGUCAUCACCCAAAAUCAUCAAAAGAGUUAUAACUAUUGUGAUGACAUUGAAGCAAAUUCUUAUGAUCAGCCCAUUCUUGAUGAUGAUCAUAUUGCAACAUAUGAUCAAAUGAAUAAGCAUGACCAUUUUACACCGGAGAAUUCAAUUUCUUCCGGUGUAGCCGUAAAUGGUGGCACUGGAGAUGAUACGACGGUAUCAAAGAAGCUCAAUCAUAAUGCAAGUGAAAGAGAUCGUCGUAAGAGGGUUAACGACUUGUAUUCCUUUCUUCGGUCAUUGCUACCCUUGUCAAGUGACCAAAAGAAAAAAGUAAGUAUUCCGGGGACAGUAUCGCGUGCACUGAAAUACAUACCCGAACUACAAAAGGAAGUGGAGGCAUUGUCACGAAAAAAGGAAAAACUGUCUUCAUAUUCGUUGACUACAGCCAUUAAGGGCGGCACCCAAGAGCCUGUUGGCACAAUCAAGACAGAUUCGUCGGUAGUUUGUUCGGUGAGUGUUUUGGGCGACAAAGAAGUUGUCAUCCAGCUGAUUUCCCCGGCCGAUGAUCAAUGUCAUACGAUCAAGAAAAACAAUAAUGAUGACAUUAUUAUUAGUUCCUUGUCAAAGGUUUUAAACUACAUUGAGGAAGAAGAAGAUGAGCUUGUUCUUUUAGGUGCAACAACGUUUAAAUCUUCUGGACAAGGCAGAUUAUUAAUAAACACUCUCCAUCUUCAGGUUCAAGGGGAUCAUCACAGGAUAGAGGCUGAAAAGUUAAGAUUAAAGUUGUGCUCUUUUUAUCAACAAAACAAAUGAACCUUUACAUUAAUUGUUAUUAUUGGAUAUAUUAAUCAGUAGGCUUCCGAUUGAUAUAUAUCUAACAUAAGUAGUAGAACUCUAUAAAUAGAUCAUUACGACUUUUGUAAAUUUUGUUCAUCUUUAUAAACUUAGUAUAUAUAUCAACGGAUCAUGAGAUGUUCAUUUUUA